AUGUCAUAUGAGUGGUAUGAAAGUAUUGGACGACCACGUUUUGCCGUCGCUCCUAUGGUGGACGCUAGCGAACUUGCAUGGAGACUUUUAAGCCGUCGACAUGGCGCAACUAUCUGUUAUACGCCAAUGCUGCACAGUGCUAUUUUUAUCAAAGAUGCAAAAUACAGAAAGGAAAAUUUCACGACAUGUCCUGAAGAUAGACCUUUAAUUGUACAGUUCUGUGGAAAUAAUCCAGAAACAUUAGCAAAGGCUGCAAAAAUGGUUCAGAAGGAUUGUGAUGCUAUUGAUAUUAACCUUGGCUGUCCACAGUCUAUUGCAAAGCGAGGCAGAUAUGGAGCAUUUCUGCAGGAUGACUGGGAUCUGUUAAGCAAAAUUGUUUCCACCAUGACAAAGGCUGUAUCAGUACCUAUAACAUGCAAAAUAAGAAUUCUUGAAAGUAUAGAGAGAUCCAUGGACUAUGCUUUGAUGUUGCAAAGUGCUGGUUGCAAGCUGCUAACACUGCACGGCAGGUCAAGGGACCAAAAAGGCCCGCUUACAGGUGUUGCCAAUUGGGAUUAUAUCAAGGCUGUUAGGAAAACCAUAUCAAUUCCUAUGUUUGCCAAUGGAAACAUUCAAUGUUUAGAAGAUGUAAUAAGAUGUUUGGAAUACACCGGUGUAGAUGGAGUAAUGAGUGCUGAGGGAAAUCUCACAAACCCUGCAAUAUUUGAAGGCAUAAAUCCUGUAACUUGGGAUAUGGCACUUGAAUACCUUCAGUUGGUUGAAGAGUAUCCGUGCCCAACAUCAUUUGUUAGAGGUCAUUUGUUCAAAAUAUUUCACAAAAUAUUUUCAUUCAACACCAACAACACAGAACGUGAAAUUCUAGCCACCGCACAAAACAUUGAUGACUUUAAAAAAGUUUGUGUUAUAUUAAGGGACAAGUAUUUACCAUAUCAUCUUGGCGAAAUUGUGAUGUGUGAUGACGAAAAUGUCACAAGACAAGCUUUCGACCUUAUACUCCCGCCUUGGCUCUGCCAACCGUACGUUAGAAUGUCGCCCGAAGCUCAUACAGAAAAAAUGGAAACCUUAAACAAAAAACAGAAUCAUCCGGAGAUAAAGCGAAGCUUAGAGGAUCCGAGGAGUAAUUCAAUAUCGAGAAAGAAAAUGAAAAAACUCGCGAGAAUCAUGCGGAGACCAAUAAAACCGGACGCCGACAAGCAACCGGGCAGAGGCGCAGAUAUUUGCAUUAAUGACGUUUGUCCCAAUCCACUCGGCAGUAAAUGUAGCUAUCGACUGUGUAAGAAAUGUUGCCGCAACAAAUGCUACGAAGAUGAUCUCGAUUGCAGAGGGCACGGGAUAUUGGUUCACACGAGACGCCAAACCGCUAUGAAAUUUGCCUCCGAACGUACCUAA